CACGCUCCAUUUGAGACGGUCGCUUCCCACCAAUCGUUUGACCAGUCCACCAGGCAGGAAGAUGUGUGUGUGCCUUGGGCGAUUCUUAUAUGGACAAACUCCGGUCGCAAAAUCGCAUCCUCAAAACCGUUUGUUGUCUCAUCUUCCCCCCUCCCCCUCUUUGCGGCGAGGGCUAGCUGUAGUAGUUAUACGCCCUCCUCUUCGACCAACACGAUCCCUCGACUGUCUGUCGAGACGUCCAUCUCCCCUAAGACAACAAUGAUCGCUAUGACCUCGUACGCCCGUUAAAUGAUGCUGGCGUCUCGAAUGCAACUGCGGCGGCAGAAUACGUUGAUUGCAUUGGGCAUUGUGGCUCUUUGUGUCUGGUUUCUCACUUCCCUCACAUCGCGAAGCGGUGAAUUACCCCAGAGCCAUGAGCAAUUCUGGAAAGCCUUUCAUCCGCUUCUUGUGGAUUCAGCCCCGGAUUGCCAGUCUCCCAUCCGGCUGGGAAAUGCCGAAUCCUCCGGGUUCGACCCAGAGAGCACCGAGCCGCUGCCGGAUCUCUUGAGGAUGCCAGCCGACGAUGUUGCGAAGAUGCAACGAGCACACACGGCUUUCGUCAAUGCAAUCAAAAGAGAGCCUCCCACACUCAGUUACCAGCCGCGCACGCGUGGAUUGGUAUCAACAGCCGGCGGUCCGUAUCUUCCAGUCUUGGUCAUUUCACUGCGCAUGCUGCGCCGCACAGGCUCAGCCCUGCCAAUGGAGGUAUUCCUGGCCAAUUGGGAAGAGUAUGAUGGAUAUAUCUGUCAGGUUGUCCUUCCCUCAUUAAAUGCGCAGUGCGUGGUGCUGUCGGAGAUUUUGGAGGCGGUGCCAGACAGCACCAACAAGAUCGAGAAAUACCAAUAUAAGAUCUUCGCGAUGCUUUUCUCCUCGUUUGAGGAGAUUCUCUUCCUAGAUGCGGAUGCGUUUCCUCUGCAGUCACCAGAGGCGCUGUUCACAUCUGAACCGUUCAAGUCUAAAGGCUUGGUCACAUGGCCCGACUUCUGGCGUCCGACAACAUCCCCCUUGUAUUAUAUGAUCUCGUCACCGAAAGAUCGCGAAACCCAAUCGUCCAACCCGACCGGUCUCCGCCAGUCGACAGAAUCGGGAGAAGUGCUCGUCUCCAAGCGUACACAUCUUCGCACCCUUCUCCUGGCGACAUACUACAAUUUUCAUGGCCCCAGCCAUUAUUACCCGCUUCUUUCACAAGGCGCAGCCGGCGAAGGCGACAAGGAAACAUUUCUUGCCGCGGCUAGUGCACUCAACGAACCUUUUCAUCAAGUCAGCGAGCCCAUCCGGGCAGUCGGACGUCGAACUCCAGACGGUUUCGCCGGAUCGACCAUGGUCCAAUACAGCCCAAUGGAAGACUACGCCUUGACGAAACAGGGCAUUUGGAGGGUCAAGGGCGCAACCGCGCCCGCGCCAAGUCCGUUCUUUGUGCAUGUCAAUUAUCCCAAGUUUAACCCCGCUACAAUCUUCACGGAGAAUGGGGUGACCAACCCGGUGAUCGACGAGAAGGGACAGUACACGCUGGCGUGGACGGCACCCGAAGAAGUGGUGGCAUCGUUCGGUGACCAUAUUCAGCAGAAGUUCUGGGAGGACAUUCAUUGGACCGCCUGCGUACUCGAGGGGAAGAUCUUGAGCUGGAAGGAUCAGACCGGAAUCUGCCAGCAGACAAGGGACUAUUGGAAUAGGGUCUUUGGCAAGUCCGCCGGUUAUAUGUUUAAUCGCCUCUGAAAAGCCAAAAGAAGCUGGAUCUAGAUUUCACUGAGUGUUUACUGCGCUGGCUGCAGGGACUCCUGACAUUCAAAAGGUGGAAAUUGUGUUUCUUAGCGUCGUCUUGUUAUUAGAGAGUGAGUACUUGCCUUCAGCCCCUAGGGUCCACCAAUCCAUCCUGCGGUGGCAGAUUCGC